AUGGGGCUACUAUGCCACAGCAACGUAGUGGCUCUUAUCAAGGAUCCCCUCGACCACUGGUGCAAGCCGCCGCCCGACCACGCCGGCAUGCUGGCAGCCCAGUGGAAGAACGUCGGCAUCUUCACCGACGAAGCAGGCCGCUUCAGCCAGUGUAGAGCGUUCGUGCGACCUGGUUCCGCUUCUAACGACACGGAGACCGUGCCGUGCGACUCCUGGGACGACGACCCGUUCGAGACACGUAGGAGAGUCCGCAGCUACUGGGACCUCGUUUGCCAACGCAGCUGGCUUCUGCCCCUGGGCAACGACGUCUUCAGGAAGGGUGCGCUCAUAAUGGUUCUGUUCAUGGACUAUCUGGCUGACAGAAAAGGGUGCAAGCCGGUAAUUGUGCUGUCGUCGUUCGUGCUCCUGGUGAGCGCCAUCGCGAGCUGCUUCGCCGACGCGUACCCCGCUUACCUAGCGCUAAUAUACGUCGACUCGGCCUGCGCCAGCACCGUCCACAUUGUCACCACGAUCCUCCUGUUUGAGGUGUCGCCCGUGAAGUACGGCACCUUCUACCAAGGUCUCUGCAGCUUCCUGGGCGUUGUGUUCGUCGAGUUGCCAUUCGUCGUCGUCACCACCGUCCGCAUCACCUGGUUAACGUUCCAGCUGCUGAUUGUGGCGCCCACCCUGCUGCUCCUCUCCGCAACGUUCACCAUGUACGAGUCACCCAUGUGGCUCCUCGCCAUGUCCAGACUGAAGAAGGCCGAGAGAGUAAUCUACAUCACAGCCAAGAUGAACGAGAUGCUUCGAAUCCACACCAAGAAGGUCCUCGACCGUAUCCAGUUCGAGACGACCAAAGCGAGUGAGCCUCACGCAGUGGUUGUGUCCACAAAACUGCUGCUCCCCGGCUUGCGUCGUGGCAGGGAUGGCGUGGUGUCCGUCACCACGUUAAUUGUCAUGCCGGCCUUCUACUCACUCACCUGUAACCGUAGACUGGGUGGAAGCAGUAACCUGGUGGUGCGAGUCAUUUACGUGGUGGCCCUUGUUCCCACCUACGGUGCCAUGUACGCGGCGCUCAACGCUGUGGGUCGCCUGCACCUCAUGCUGCUGCUCUUUGCGCUUCUAGGUGGAGUUUCGGAGCUCUACGGCAUCACUACGUAUGAAGAUCCACGGGAAGUCGGGUGUGCGCUCGCCAUAGCGAAUAAGUUGGUGAUAAGCGCCACAGUGCCCCCCCCCCGCUACACAUACAUGGCCGAGUUGUUCCCGUCGUCGGUGCGCAGUGCCGUCAUGUGUGGUGCAUACACGUGCGGCCGCGUCAGUGCCGUGUUCGCCUACGUGCUUGCCCCCUUCCAAGAUGUCGGUCACGAGGAAUUAAGCUUCGCGUUCUUGGCGAUAGUGGUCUUCAGAGACUUGGUGGUGUUACUCAGCUUGCCUGAGACGACCAUCGGUGGCGCCGUGGACGUAGCUGUCACCACCAUAUACGGCAACCGCAGAGACUUCCUGGGUGUCGCGCAGAACUCGCUGAUCACCAGGCUGAAGAGGAGGAAAAUCAGACGCAGGCCUGCGAGCAUCGCGUCGACAGUGGACUGUGGGCUGUCCCUGCUGGCCCUCUGCGUCGUGGUUGCGACCACCAUGGCAGGAUUCUAUGGAGGCUACGGCGGCUAUGGUGGCUAUGGUGGUUAUGGUGGCUAUGGUGGCUACGGUGGUUACGGUGGCUAUGGCCACGGCUACGGAGGAUAUGGUGGUUACGGGGGAUAUGGCGGCUACGGAGGCUACGGUGGAUAUGGUGGCUACGGAGGCUACGGAGGUUAUGGAGGAUACGGUCACGGGGGCUACGGCCAUGGUGGUUACGGCCACGGAUACGGAUACAAAGUUAUUAGCUAUGGACACGGUAACGGUGGCUACGGUCAUGGUGGUUACGGCCACGGAUACGGAUACAAAGUCAUCAGCUACGGACACGGUCACGGCUACCACGGCUGAAAUGUGCCCUCUUGUAUAUUGAAAUAA